CAGUUAUUAACAACAACACGCUUGUUUGGACACAGACCUGUUGUAGCAGAGAAGAGUGUAUUUGUCGACGAUUUUAGUUCAUAUUGAAUUAUGGCAGAGAAUACGGAUAAUAAGCCUGAAACAAAAGCAAAUGAACAGGAUACCAAAGAUGUUAACGGUCACCGAGACGUGAUCAACCAUUGGAUGACAUCAUAUGCUACCAUGGCAACCGAACAACCUAAAGGGGAGAACCUGGAAGAUCUGUUGUCAACGCUUCAGAAACAGAUCAAGGGAUCUGAUUGGUUGAAAGAAAACACUGCAGAGAAGUGGGCUACUGAAAAUAAGGAUUUAGCAGAAGAAUUCAUGAAAGCUAGGGAAAACAAGGAGAAGAAGGAAGACUCUUGACGAAAAAUGAAAUUUUCUGGAAAAGACAGUAUGGAAGUUAGUACUGAGGACUCUUGGAAGCCAGGCUCAGGUUCAUGGUUGUGUUGAUAAGCCAGUACACAUAGGUUACCACAGUGAUGUUAUCACUGAUAUUUCUCCUCAUUGCCAUGCAUGUCAGAAGAAAUAGUCCAUGAGGCAGUUGACCUAAUCUUGAAUGGUACCAAAAUGUUUUGGAAUAUUAUUAAAAUUAAUCACAUAGUGAUGAUGAACAAAACGAUAUACUAGUAUGCUAUAAUACUUGUGCAGACUUGAUGCAUGAUGCAACUGAAUGUAAAAUGAUGGUAUAGUAUAGACUUUUGUACCUGUGUCAUGCAAUCUAAUGAACGCUGACGACUGGGUGAACACCGAGCCUUGAUGAGGAAGACAUGGUCGAGGGGAGAUAAUUAACACAUUGGUUUCAGAUUACCUCCCUUUGACCAACCCAAACGGGUACAUGCAAGAAGAAUUUCACGGGGUUUUUUUUAUGGCUGUGGCAAGUUUUCAUGAGUAACAAACUACAGAUGCAACAAUUCAAUUGUUUCUUGGCAGUUAUUUUAAACGUGUUUUACUGAAUUUUAAUUCAUUUUGCAUAUUUUUUGUAUAAUAUAUAGAGACAGAAUGAAACUAAUGUUUUGGGGGUUGAUUCAAGAAUAAUUAACAAAAAUGUAAGUUCACAAAAUUAUAAUGUGGAAUAAAGAAUAUAUUUAUUAA